AUGAAAGCGAUCGCACCCUUUGUUCUUCAGGUGAUUGCAUUGCAACUGACGAGAUGCCAGGGCGGCGGCGGCGGCGGCGGCGGGCCGAGCACGUUCGGAUACGACGCCUCCUCGGCCUGCAGCAAACCGUACUCGCGCGCGGGCCGUGCGCACCACGAGGACCUACCCUGUGACUUUCGCCAACAGAACUGGUGCACGAUCGCCGGUAGCUCUUAUCCUUGGCACGCGGUACGUCGGUUCGUGCAAGAGAAUCAGGGGUUGAUGAGACGCAUGUACGGCGAUGAGAAUUACAUCAGUGUCCUCCGAGCGGAGUUCGAGAGAAACGACAUCGAGCUAAAGUACGACGAGUACCAUCAUCACUACGCCGAUGAUCUGAGACAAUUCCAGUAUGACGAUGAUUAUGAAUUCAUCGACGACGAUCGGGCGAAGGUCGACGGAUACGAAGGCCGCGGAUUUACCAGCCGCUCCUUCAACGAUCCCAUCGCCAAGCGAAUGAAUAAGUUCUCGAAGCUCAGCGAGUACACCAGGCCACAUUUCAGGCCCACCGAACGGACCACCAGUUCGACCACCCCUCCGAGUACGACGACUACCUCUUCAACUUCGUCCUCGACGUCGACCAGGUUCACGACUGUCGUUACGUCGUCCUCAACGACGCCUGCGUCUACCAGCACGGAGCAGGUCAAUGCUCAAACCCCUGUAACGUCAACUUCUCCAAAGUUUUUGAACACUACUGUCAAGGUUGCUGAUCCUGCGACGAAUGGCACGACGACGACCACAACGACGACGACGACUACGACAAUGAGAACAACUACAUCAACAUUGCCAAGCGUUACCUUGGUUCAUAUAGUCAAAGAACAGAAUUUUAGCAUCAACGAAAUUCCCGGACAGAACGAUAGGAUCGACGUGGACUUGGAGGAGCCAGAAGCAGAAGUGGCAGCGUAUUCAGAGAAAAUGAUCGAAGAGUACACAACGUUGGAACCAGCCGAAGCGACGACGAGCGCCCCUAAGGAAUCGCUAGUCGAUCAGCAAGAGGAGGAGGAAGAAGCGUUUGGCGCUGCAACGAAGACUACAGUACAUGAAGAACUAGUAGCUGCAGCGAGUUAUGAGCAACAGCAACAGUUCAGGCCACGUCCUGAGUAUCGGCCAUCGGGCGUGGCUGAGACAUCGGCAAGUACGGGAGGCCAGCUUUUCCAAGAUGUCGCAGCAAAGGACCAACAGGAGCAGCCGGUGCUGAAGCUUAGAGGAGUGAAUGCUUGUCCUGUCAAGGAAGAAGUGGUGGCGCCGUUCUGGGCUAAUAAUACUCGCGGAGAAGUCUUGGCUCUCCUCAAUCUUUACCCCUUCGAGCAGUAUGUCCAUUGGGAGAAGUGCACGCACGAGAACAAGCAGAUGUAUUGCCGGGAUGGAUGCAGAUGCGAGCAGCAGUAUCGGCUGCAUCGGCUGCUGGCUUACGAUCCCAACAACGAAUGUCGCGGUAUUUUCAGCGACUGGUUCAAGUUUCCCAGUUGCUGCGUCUGCCGUUGUUAUGAUCUGCCAUUGGAAUUUCGGAUGACGUCGCGCUCGCCGCGCACCUCGCACAAACGACGAAUCAAGGUGCAAUCGCCAACGCGGAACCGUUAUCCGUGAUCUGAUUGUCUUCUGGCUGGCCGGCCGCCAAAUAAUGCAGCGUGUAAGUUGAGGGCAACCCACUAGAUGAGGAUCCUACGCGAAAUUCUUAACGAGUGCAGUACAAAUCAUUUUUAAUUAAAGAGCCUCUCUAUUUAAUUCAGAGAUUCUAGGUUUAUUGUUAACGUUUAAUAUCUCUUUUAUGUAUGUUUAACAAACAUGUUUUCUAUUUAAUAUAUUGAAAUUAUAUACAUGUUACAUAUUGAUAGUAGUAUAUAGAGAGAGAUGCGUAUUUAUAGAUAUUAUAUGUAAAGUAUAUUUACGUAUUGUUGAGGUUGUUUAAUAUUUCUUAAUAAAUUAACACAGCAAUGAUAUAUUCGAAAGAUGUCCGAUGUUACUUAAAUACUUUCCGAGGAAAGUGUGAUUAAAUUUUGACACUAGUUUGUACUGUGCGCAUAUGGAUGGCAGAUAAAAGAUCUUCUCUUAGAAAAUUUUCGUUUGCCAUAUCGAAAUAAUUUGUAUAGAGUUUUGUCAGUCCAACAUAAUAUUACUUGUAAUAAGUAAAAUGUACAAUGAGAUAACGAACUAGGAUAAUUAUCCUCGUUUAGAGAAAUUCAUACUAUUUAAUAUACAUGUAAUGGUUUAUAUUAUAUUUAACGAUCCAUAUUUUAUUUAUCACGAUGGCGAUAUGAACCUAAACGCAUUGAAAUGGUGUAGGCUUUCUCUUGACAUGAUUAUUGCAUAUUUAAAACAAUAACAAGAGGAAAGCGUAAAUUAAAAUAAUUUAAGAAAUAAUGAAGUCGUCACGUAUUUCUGAUAAAUGACAUUAAUCAAUAUUUAUAUAUACAUGGUGUCUGAUAAAAAAGUAGCCAAUUUGAAAAUAGUGUCAAAUUGCGUUAAACUAGGAAGAAAAAUCAUAUGCCGCGUUGCAAAAUUCGCAAUAGUUAUCGAGUAAUUCUAUCUACCGUG